UUCGAUCUUCUGCUUGAAAACCCACCUCUCGUUUUCGAUUGUGAACAAUACCCAUGUCUUCGAUUUUCGAUCCUCGCUUUUGAAAUUCUGCAAUUUGGGGCUGUUUCUGUUGAUGAGUUUUUCCUUUUUCCUUUUGAUCAGAGGUACUUUGCUUUGCGUUUUAAUUGAUUUAUGGACAUUGUAUAGGGAGAGUCAGGUAAGCAUUUGGAUCAGUGCUAUGCGAUCAGGACCAUUAAUCUGGUUGGUUGAUUGGCCAUAACCGAAAACUCGUGGUGAUUGGACUAUCUAUCUGAAUGCAUCGGUGGUCUGCAUAUGGACGGUUUAGAAAUGUUGAGAAUGACAGUCCAAUGUAAAUGUGGAAAAAUUACACUGAUUCAACAGUUAAGAUUGUCCAAUUGUAGCGGUUUCUGAGAUACGGUCGAUCCAUGUUGUAAACUACCAGAUCAACAGUCACGUUUUCCAUGCAUAGAGUGGAGGUUGUAGGGGAGAGAGAGCCAAUGCUCGUUCGCAAUCGCUAGAGUUGCUGCUAUUUCUCAUCUUGGAAUGGCGGUUUUAGGGAUGUUGGGUUGUUUUCACGUGUGUGCUUGUCCAAAAGGAAUUCUUGCUCACAGUCCAGCAAUGUUGGGUUUCCAUUUCCUCGGUUGCCUUAUUUUCUGUUUGAUCUGUUACUUUGAGUAGUUGUAGUAGACAUGGAUGUGAAGUACUACACUCUGUUAAAGCAAUAUGUUUUUGGCAUGUUCUUUUUUGCAAUUUAUAGCAGGACGAAUGAUUCUUUGCAUAAAGCAUGUACUGAAACGUGCACAUAAACAAGAUCUGCCAUCACAAACCCAUUGAUCUAAAACUUCCAAUCAAAGGACUUUUUGGUGGACUAUUGCCCACAACUUUUACUGUCCAAAAGCAAGCUAUAGAUCAGAAGGCUAGGAUUUUUUUAUGGUAGUUUCUUGGGACUAUGAGGAGGUGGCCCAACAAUUGGAUAGUUGGCUGAUCGAAUGGUGAUUAUGGUUUAUACUUUAUACACUGAACUUCAGAGUACAUCCUACAUGCUCAGGACAAUUUGUCUUCCAUUAAUCAAUUCAUACAUCCAUGACGGAAGCAGUAAUCAUAGGACUGAUAUGCUUUUAGACUAUAACUGUUCCUAUAAUCGUAAAGAUUCCAUGGUUCUCAAUCAGAACUCUUUAGAUAAUGGGUAUUCAGUUCGGGUAAAUAAUGGUUUACGAGAGGUAGUCGAGGAUUUUCUAGGGAACUAUGGAAUGUUGGAAUGCAAGCCACAACCACCAGAGAAAGAACAAAAGAACAAGAUAUCUUCUCAAGCUGCCUAUCUCGGCCUUGAUGAGUUCAGAAACAAAACAAUGCAAGAAAAAGGGAGGGAUGUGCCCAGUCAACAUGGAAACAUUACCCACAAACUCGAGCCGGGAGGGUCUGAAUACAAUUAUGCCUCCUCAGCGAAGGGAGCAAAGGUUUUGGCUCAUAACAAGGAAGCGAAAGGAGCGAGUGAUAUCUUGGGCAGGGAUAAGGACAAAUACCUACGGAACCCGUGUUCAGCAGAUGUGAAGUUUGUCAUUAUCGAGCUUUCUGAGGAGACCCUGGUUGACUCGGUUCAAAUUGCAAAUCUUGAACAUUACUCAUCCAAUUUCAAGGAUUUCGAAUUGUUGGGGAGUUUGACUUACCCGACGGAGAUAUGGACCUCUCUUGGAAAUUUCAUUGCCGAGAACGUCAGGCAUGCACAGAGGUUUAUGCUUCCGGAGCCCAAAUGGGUGAGAUACUUGAGGUUGGAUUUGAUUACUCAUUAUGGGUCAGAGUUCUAUUGCACGUUGAGCUUUUUGGAAGUCUACGGUGUGGAUGCUAUUGAGCGGAUGCUUGAAGAUUUGAUUGUGGUUUCGGACGAACUGCCUGGUGAUCAGUCCACAAAUUCAAAUCCUGUUGGAUUUCUUUCUCCAAGAUCAGAAGCAGUCUUUGAUGAUAAAAAGGAUGUGGUUGUUCAAGCUAAUGCUGGGGUAGAUCCUCCUCUUAAGGGGAUAGACAAUGGCGAUAUACAAAAGCUAGAUACCCCAAACUCGAAGAAUGAGGUUUUGGUAACCAAUCCCAUUAAAGAAGUUAGGCAACAGUCCAAUGGAAGGAUACCCAGUGACACCGUUCUGAAGAUCUUGAUGCAGAAAGUGAGGUCACUCGAGCUGAAUCUCUCUGUUUUGGAGGGGUAUGUCAAAGAAAUGAACCGGAGAUACAGUAAUGUUUUACCGGAUCUUGAGAAGGAUAUUUCUCAGAAUGCCUUGCUUUUGGAGAAAACUAUAUCUGAGAUCAAGGAUAUCGAUGAAUGGAAGGAGGUUGUGGAAAAAAGAUUUAGCGACCUUUUGUCUUGGAAAUUGAAUGUGUCAUCUCAAAUAGAAGCACUGGUUAGAGAAAAUGUCUUCCUCAGAUUGGGCAUUGAGAAGGUUUUAAGCGAUCGAGCAACUAUGGAAAACAAGGAGCUCGCGGUGCUUGCUGUGAGUUUUUCCUUUGCAUGUGUGGCUUUUCUCAAGUUAGUUGUGGAUCAGAUCAUGAUGCUAUUCAGAACUUGUGAGCCUGAGAAGAGUGGGUGGACAAGUAAGGGUUGGCUUUUGAUACUUGUCAGUAGCAGCAUGACAACCUUCAUCGCCUUACUGUAUAACUGAUUUCUCCAGCUUGUAUAGCAGCCAAAGGUUAUUCUCCUGAUGACUCUCCUUCAUCCCAUGGCAUUUGGCCUGUUUGUAAGAUACUUUUGAUGAGUAAAAAGUGGGGAAAUUUUGUCCAGAAAAUCCCAGAUGUUUUGAGGGAUCAGAACCGCCCUGGUUGGUGCAAUUGAAAAGAUCACCAUUCCCAA